AUGCCUCGAAAGGCAUGUUCAACUGCAGAGUCAACCUACUCUGGUCUCCAAGAGCUGAGACAACAUUAUCACCAGGAGCACGGUGCGGCCGAUAUUCUACAUGUCAUGUUCCUGCCAUGCCCAUUGUGCAGCCAAAAGCUGGACUCUGAGCUACGAGCACGCUUCAAGCACAUUGGCCGCCACAUGGAGGACAUUGCCUUUGCCGUUGUUCCGCACCAAUACGUUGACUGGGAAUUCUACAGUGAGUCUGCAACCUCCUCGGACGAUCAACACGAGCGUGCAGAUGCAGAUUCAACACUCCAAUGUUCGAAGCGAAGUCUCUCAUGA